AUGUCAGACCCGUGGCUCAAUCAGGAUGAGGAGGAGGACCUCAUGCCCUUUAUUGAGCCACCCAAGGAGAACAUAGACCCCUGGGUCAAAAAGGAGAUGAGUCCUGACACAGCUCCAGAGGUGCAGCCAGAGUGCUCUAGCUUCCAACAGUCCGAGCAGCACCACGAAAACUACGAGUUGGGGCAGAAGGGCAAAAAGCCUGCUAGUCCUCCAGCCUGCUGGAAGUUGAGGACCAUCACUCCCGGACCCAUCCUGAAGCACAGGAUCGCCACUUCUGGACCCAGCACAGAGUUCAGGCCUCUGAGUGUUUCUUACCCAAACCAGGACUUGAUCUUUGUAUUUCUCCUGCUUCAGCCAGGUCGCUGCAGAUCACUUCAGAGGUCUUGGAGGAAACAAGAUGCAGGCUUGAGAAGCAUUGCAAGUCAAGACAGCUACUCUUUAAAGACAUCCUUCCGGGCCCAGCAAAGCCCGGCGUGUCAGUAUCCGGAGAGGCACUGGUGCUCGCUUUUAUCCGAGAGAAAAAAACAAAAAAAAACAACAACCCACCCUGCCAUUUCCGAAAAGAAAGGAAACUGCUCGAGCGUUCUGGGCUCGCAGGCGCGCCUCGCAGGGGGAGGCGGGGAGCAGAGUCGCGGCGCCAAGACUCGCAAGCCCCGCCCCCGCGUGCCGGCCUCGCCCCGUCCCGCCGCCACGGCUCGGUGCGCGACGCCUGCUCCUGGCCCGGCGUUCGCACCCUAUUUGGUCAUUGGGGGCAGGUGGCUGGAGGGGAGGCGUGAGCGGCGGAAGGGACUCCCGGGGGGCUCGGGUGCGCGGAAGGGCCGCUCUCGCCGGCGCAGCCGCCACCUCGGUUGGAAACCCACGAGGCCGCCGCAUCCUGCGCUCAGAACAAUGGGACUCGGCGCGCGAGGUGGCUGGGCCUUUUUCAUCGUGGGGGCGCUGCUGGUGCUAGCGCUGCUGAAGGUCGCCGUGGACAGCGAUGCCUCGGAGGGAUCCUCAAGCAGAACUCCUUCCGUACUACUUGCAAACCUCACUGCUGAAACAACAGGGAAUAACCCACAUGUGCCUGUCAGCCAUACAAAUGAAUCUUCCAAAAGCACUGUGAAACCAUCUACAACUCCAGUUUCCUCAGCCUCAAAAAAUGAGACAAUUACCACCUUGAAACCCACAGCAAAACCAUCAACAACUCCAGGUUCCUCGGUCUCAAAAAAUGGGACAGAGACCACCUUGAAACCCAUAACAUCCAAAAUGACAACACCACAGGUCUCAACAAAUAAGACUUCCACCACCUUAAAGUCUACGACCAAAGUAACAAGUGUCUCACAAAACACAACCCAGAUGUCAACAUCCACGAUGACCACAACCCACAAUAGUUCGGUGACAUCAGUAACAAUCACAGCAACUGUAAAUUCUAAAGAAAAUAAGGGAUCAAAAUUUGAUAUUGGCAGCUUUGUUGGUGGUAUUGCAUUAACACUGGGACUUUUAUCUGUCCUUUACAUUGGAUGUAAAACGUACUAUUCAAGAAGAGGCAUUCGGUAUAGAACCAUUGAUGAACAUGAUGCCAUCAUUUAAGGAAAUCCAAGGACCGAUGGAAAGAAGAUUGACGCAACUCUAUCAAUUAGUUGAAGACAACAUUCUCUUUUUGAAAACAGUAUAAACAGGCCAUGCCUAUGAUGUAUAAUACAUAAAUGUGUAAAAACUCCUCAUGAUUACUAAAGGUAAACAGGGCUUGGUUUGGGUUUUUAAUGAACAUUUGGAGCGUACAGUUAAUGCAAUGCUUAUCUUCACUUCUAGAAAAUAUAUGAGACAAACAUGUUCUGUCCCAUUUUUCUGUAGCAUGGGUCACACAGGGCCAAUAAUUGGAAAGCACCCUGAAGGGCACGAUGCCCUCUUGGCAUACACAAGGAGCUUGUCAUGGCCCUCGAGAUGUUGAUUGUCUUUGUUCACAGAACAAUUUCAGUGCUGUUCAGGGCUGGAUCUAUCCUAAUUACUAGUGUCACACAAUGGAAAUUUUAUGAGUAAACCGGGUCUUAAGCAUAAUUUUAGUUUAAGUGUCUCUUUAGAAAGCACCAGUAUUUUAAUGUUUCAAAGCUUAGUACUUGGUUUAGAAACAAAAUGUACCAGCCCCCCAAAACAGCAGAAACAAUACCUAGGCUUAGCCCUGUUAGAGAGCCACUGGAGAGCCUGUGUUUUUAUUAAUAAUUUCUUUUGAGCUUUCAAUGGCAUUUGAUAUAACUUUCUUUUGUUUCCUCUCUAAUUUCAGCAAAUUUCAAUGUUUAACAUGAUAAUGUUUUAAUGAGUUAGUUCUUAGUAUUAAAUAAGAAGUUAGAUUACUUGCUACUGUGAGGAUAUCAUCACCACUGGAAAUUGCUUUAUUUUAUAGUCAGCUAUUACCUAUUUAGUGACUAUUUUUGAAAUGUGUGUAGAUCUGCUUUCAAUAACUAGAAAUGUUUAAUGUAGUGUAAACACACCUAACUUAAAAGAAAAAAAAAAGCCCCUUAUAUGAAUUCCAAAACAGUUAGAACUCUGUAUAGUCAGAAUAUAGGUUAACGCUGUUUAUCAAGCCAGGGAUUGUGGAGCUCCCCUCAGGCUACUAAACCUACAGGAUGAAAAGGCUGCCUUUUCCUGCACUGUUGAUUUUACUCAAAAAUUAGGGGAAACAGCAUUUUCACACUGAAACACCUAUGUAUUUUGGAAUAAAUUCUCAUGACGUUUUAAAACAGAAAAUUUUAAGACAGCAAAUUUCCUGUUUCCUUAUUUGGGAAUUCUUCAGACACUCCUCUUCCUGCCUUGCUGAAGAUGAGGCACUUUUCAUAUGUGUUAUGUUAAUGGAGAGAAAAAGCACAGUAUUGUAGGGACACCAAUAUUAGCCAACGUAUUUUGGAGUGUUUCAGUUUUACAGUUUAUAUUCCAGCACUCAAAACUCAGGGUCAAGUUUUAACAAAAGAUAUAUUUAGUCAACUAAAUGUAAAUACUAAGAUACUAUUUCUGUCUUAGAAUGGUCAAAGUAAAUCACACCAAGUUCUAAUAGUCUAAAAAUGAGCUAAGAUGUCCUAAAGAACAUGCACCUACAUUUAAUAGGAAUUAAAUGUAACUUUUGUGAUCAGCUUUUGGUUUACAGAGAAUAUCAUGUAUCAAGAAUUUUGAUACAAAAGGAUCAUUUCUACUACUCACUGUGCAUUAUGGCUAAUUAAUGUGAUGAAUAUGGAUCAAAAAAUCAUCAAAAGUAUGAAUAUGACAGGAUGUAUGUGACACAUGCAAAGUGGAAGAAUUAUUAUGAAACAUGUUUAUUUAGUUUGAAAAAAGAUGGGCUUGAUAGGUAAGCUGUAUGUUACUAAUUAGCCCUGACUGGUCUUUCAACUACUGCUUUAAUAUUUUGCAAAAUAUACUUAAGAUACAUUUUAUAGAAAUGGGCGCCUUUUAAAUAUAACUUGAUUGUCCCUUGCAUUCUUGAUAUUUGAGUACUUCAAAUUAGUCAGAACUUUGUAGACAGGCUUGAAAUUUCCUUGAAUACUUGUUUCUUUAGCACUUUGAAGUUAAAAAAACCACUUUUUAAAAAGUAUUAAAUGUCAUUAUAUGCCUUUAAAGUUUCCUGUGCUUUGGGUUUGAAAUAAUUUAGUUGUCUUUUCUCUGUAUAUAAGUUGUAUAAUUUGUUACUUUCAAAUACCAGUACUUUAAUGCAGUCAAGUUUUUAUUUUUUUUUGGUUAUGUGCAAAAAUUGGGAGAAACUAAUGCAAAUCAAUAUUUAGCUUUGGAGCUCAUUUCUUAAACAUAAAUUUAUCUUUCUAUAUACGUUUACUCAAGCAAAUGUUCAGUUUUAUUGUAUUUACUUGAAAAGCAAUCCAGAUGUAUAUCUAAAUGUUAGGCAGAAUCUAAUCAAUGAUUUUUAAAAUUUCCUUGGCUAAUCCAUAAAAUGAAUAAUUCAAAUACAGAUAAAUGAGAGUUGGCAGUGUAUUACAGUGAUAAUUUUGUAUACUUCAGAAAAAAAAUUGUAAGCAAAUUCCUUUUUCCUUUUUAUUACAAUGACCAGCUUUUGAUAUUUCAUUCUUACUGAGAUAUAUUUUUAGAAUAAAAUUUUGUCCUCCAAGAGA